UCGUGUCUCUAUUUGUGCCCAGUGUUGAUCGAUCGAUUUAGUUCAAUAUUAUUUACAAUCAAAAAGAGUGUAUUAUAUGAGAAAUAUAAAUAUUACAACUGAAUAUAUGGUUUUAAGUAUUUCUAACGAUGGAGGUAACUCGAAAAAAUUUUAAAGAAACUUUACCUUUAAUAAGUGCGUCUAUUGAUAAAGCGGAUUUCUUGGUAAUAGAUACAGAAUUUACGGGUUUAAUAAACGGCAGAGACGUGUCUAUUUUUGAUACCCCACAAGAAUACUAUACAACGUUAUUGAAUGGAGCAUCGGAUUUCUUAUUAAUACAAUACGGUCUCUGCGCUUUUUAUUGGGAUGACUUGGAAAAAAACUAUAAAAACGAUGCCUACAACUUCUACUUGUUCCCGCGCGGUCGUCCUGGCCCAGAAAAAAUGUUUUUGUGUCAAAGUUCUAGUUUAGAUUUUUUGGCGUCCCAGGGGUUUGACUUUAACAAGCUAAUCAAAGAGGGUAUUUCAUAUAUGACAGAACCCAUUGAAACAAGGCUGCGAGAGAACUUGACUGAAAGACAAAACAGAAUUCUUAACAGCGAGAAUGAUGCUAUCACUAUACCAGAAGAGCACAGGAAUCAGAUUGAGGAUAUUUGUAAGAAAGUUCGGGAAUUUUUAAAAGACGGCACUGAAGAGGAAAUAGAAAUUGAUAAAUGCAAUGCAUUUGUGAGGCGACUUCUGUUCCAAGAACUUGGUUCCCGGUUCAAAAAUGAGGCUUUUGUUGAAACUAAGGUUUUAGAAAAUAAGGAUAGGGUAUUAAAAGUGAGUCGGUUAACAUCUCCUAACGAUAGUAAGGCUCGAGACACACAGAAGAAAGAAAAAGAAUGGGAAGAAUUUGAAGAUGCUGUUGGAUUUUCGAAGGUCGCUCGAAUGAUAAGUCAAUCGGAAAAAUUAGUAAUAGGUCACAAUAUGCUUUUGGAUCUGCUUCACACUUUGAACCACUUCUUUCAACCACUGCCAUCUGAUUAUGAGUCUUUUAAAGAGUUUGCGCAUUGUAUGUUUCCAAGGUUAUUAGACACAAAGUAUUUGUCUAGUCUACCGCCCUUCAAAGACAAGGUGAAUUCAAGUGUUCUCCACCACUUAUUGACAACACUUUCAGAACCACCUUUUUCUCUAUCAAAAGUGGAGUGCGCGGCGGGGCGCGGCUACACGCGCUCGGACGCGAAGGCGCACGAGGCGGGCUACGACGCGUACGUGACGGGGCUGUGCUUCCUGGCCAUGCAGGCGCACCUGGCGCGCAUGCGCGGCGAGAGCUGCGCGCGCGUGCCGGCGCCCGACUCGCCGCUGCUCAAGCCCUUCCUCAACAAGCUGUUCCUGUCGCGCACGGCGCACCAGGACUCGCCCUACAUCAACCUCACCGGCCCGGAGCCAACACCGGCAAGAGACCAUGUCUUUCACUUAACAUUUCCAAAAGAUUGGCAGAGGAACGACAUAAAUCACUUGUUCAGUGCAUUUGGUCAAAUCACAGUCCAGUUCCUGGAUGAGACGUCAGCACUAGUCGCAUUGACUAGGAGAGAUCUGGCGAAGACAGUGACCCGAGCUUUCGCCAGUAACAACCGGAUAUCCAUAGUUCCUUAUGUCAAGUACAAGCUGCUCACUAGUAAGCCCGGAAGCCAGCACCACACCGACCGACGCGAGGAAUCAUCAGAAAAGCACAUGAAGUAUUCAACAGACAACGCGUUGGCUCGACGAGGCAUUGUAAGUGAGUCUAAUGCGCCCCGGUCGCCGGAGAAGAGUCGAGAACGGUCGAAUAGUGUAUCGUUAACGGAGACUCAAAAGGCUCGCAAGAGGAGCUCGUCCGGCGUGUUUAAGAUUGAAGAAGUCACGCCGCCGCCUCCGAAAAAAGCAGACCUUAUAAACAAAUCAGAUCAAACGCGAAACACUACCGAGGUCAUUUCGAACGGGCGCAGGAAACACAAGGAUUGUGCGAAAGAGACGCCAGCGGAGAAAAGAAAAGAGACAGCAACAGAGAAAAGGAAAGAAACAACAGAGAAAAGGAAAGAUAUAUCAAUAGAGAAGAGAAAAGAAACGAACAAUGUUGUAAAAAGAUUUGACAGUGACAGUAAAGUGGAGUGCGUGACAGCAUUUAAGGAAAUCGAUAAUUGGGACUAAUAAAUUAAUUUGACUAUUUCAAA